ACUUCGACUGCUUUGCCAUACCAUAUCGCCUUGCUUAGAUACCAAGCUGCCUCACCAAGGAAGAGAGAGCCGUACAGAGACACAACACUCUUUUUACAGGCAAGACCUACAAGCAGUAACUUCUCUUCAAGCCGUACCCUUAGAGUCCGUACUCGGUACUCUGCUCCCUUCACCCUCGCAACAUCCCUACCAAGUCCCCUUUCUCCUUCACCUCAUACCUUCACAAUGUCCGGCUUCGACACCGGCCGCGUCUACUCGGCGCAAGUCCUCGCUGGCUCAGAAGCCUCUCGUGCUCCCGAUGCACCAGCACAAACAGAGCAGAACCUCUUUGAUUUUGUGCAGCGCUUUAGACAGGGAAACGACUACCUCUAUCGAGAUCGACUUAGGGCGAACUUGUUGGCCAAGCUCAAUGUACUCGAAGUGGCUGUGGAACAUGUGGCACUUUGGAACCCAACGCUGGCGCAGAGUCUAACGGAGACGCCGGGAGAGAUCCUGCCGUUGUUUGAGAAAGCAGUGAAGCGAGCUGCUCGAGCCAUUUUAUACCCAGUCUCUACAGAUGGCCAAAGGCCCGAAGCACCCGACUGCCAAGUCACUCUGCGCUCUUCUGCCAACCUCUUCUCGAUGCGAGACCUUCACGCCGACUCAGUUGCCCAGCUCGUGCGCAUUCCAGGUAUCGUCAUUGGCGCUUCCACCCUUGCAUCGCGAGGCACCCACCUCUCGAUCAUGUGCCGCUCCUGCCGAUCGACCAAGUCCAUCCCCAUCACUGGUGGUUUCGGUGGCUUUGCCCUGCCACGCUACUGUGAUGCUCAAAAGGUCGAUGGAGGCAGCUGUGCAACCGAUCCCUUUGUCAUUCUCCACGACAAGUGCAGUUUCGUAGACAGUCAGACGAUCAAGUUGCAAGAGGCACCUGAUAUGGUUCCCGUCGGAGAGCUUCCACGCCACAUGCUCCUUUCUGCCGAUCGAUCUCUUUGCGGACGAGUUGUACCCGGUUCGAGGAUUAUCGCUACUGGCAUCUACUCUACGUUUUCUUCUUCAAAGGGAGGCAAGACUGGAGGUGGGGGAGCCGUAGCUCUCCGCACACCGUACCUCAAGGUGGUUGGACUGGAGAUCGACGCAGAAGGAGCUGGAGGUAGGGGUAUGGCCCGUAUGUUCUCUGCUCAGGACGAAGAAGAAUUUGCUCGCCUGGCAAGGAUUCCUGGACUGUAUGAGAAGCUGGCGAGCAGCAUUGCGCCUAGCAUCUACGGCAACCAAGACAUCAAGAAGGCAGUGGCAUGUCUGCUGUUCGGUGGCAGUAAGAAGAUCCUGCCCGAUGGUAUGAGGCUGAGAGGAGAUAUCAAUGUCCUCUUGCUGGGUGACCCCGGAACAGCCAAGUCGCAGCUGCUCAAGUUCGUCGAAAAGGCCUCGCCCAUUGCCGUGUACACAUCCGGCAAGGGCAGUAGUGCUGCCGGUCUGACAGCCUCUGUCCAACGGGACAACCAAACGCGCGAAUUCUACCUCGAGGGAGGAGCCAUGGUGCUUGCUGAUGGUGGUGUGGUGUGCAUUGACGAGUUUGACAAGAUGCGAGACGAGGACCGAGUGGCCAUCCACGAAGCCAUGGAGCAGCAGACCAUCUCUAUUGCCAAGGCUGGUAUCACUACCAUUCUCAAUUCGAGGACCUCCGUUCUUGCAGCGGCCAACCCAGUAUUUGGUCGAUACGACGACAUGAAGUCGCCUGGAGAGAACAUCGAUUUCCAGACGACGAUUCUGUCCAGGUUCGACAUGAUCUUCAUUGUCAAGGACGAGCACGACGAAGGUCGUGACAGGACUAUUGCCAAGCACGUCAUGAACAUUCACAUGAACCGUCAAGACGAGGAGAGCCGCAAUGCCGCUGCUGGCGAGAUUGACAUUGACCUGAUGAAGAGGUAUGUUGCCUUUGCCAAGGCUCGAUGCGCACCCAGGCUGUCACCCGAGGCCUCUGAGAAGCUCUCGAGUCACUUUGUCGCUCUGCGUCGGCAAGUCGCGCAGGUUGAAAGGGACAAUGACGAGCGCAGCAGUAUCCCCAUUACCGUGCGUCAGCUCGAGGCGAUUAUCCGCAUGAGCGAGAGUCUGGCCAAGAUGACCCUUAGCCCUACAGUUGGAGAGGAGCACGUAGAUGAAGCCAUGCGUCUCUUCAAGUACUCGACUAUGGAUGCCGUACAGGCUGGUUCGGUGGAAGGAAUGACAAAGGGCGAGCUGCAGGAAGAGGUGGUGAAGCUUGAGCGGGAGAUUAGGAGACGACUGCCCAUUGGAUGGACGGUCGCUGCGGGUAGGCUGCGGAGCGAAUUCUGCGAGGGACAAGGGUACACGACGCACGCCCUCGAGCGUACGCUGUACAUCUUGGAGAAGAGGGAUGUGCUACGCUUCUCGAAUCAGAGAAAGGUCGUCACCAGGACGGGCGUGUAGAGAGGUGGGAGAGAGAGAGGGAUCCUGACCCAUUACGCCUCGUCUCCUCUUCUUGCCACUCGCCGUCUGCUCUUCGCUCCUUUUAUGAUACCGCUUUUCUCAUGUCCGCCGCUCACUGUCACGCAAUUCUGCACCCUGUCCCGCAUCUUCCUGUCUCUCCUGUCUAUGUCCAUGUCCGUCUCCAUGACCCUAAUUCUGUAUCACUGUUCCUCGUGCGCACUUUUCCCUUCCUCGCUUCUGCUCCAAUGCCAUGCCAACAUUUUUGAUGACAU